AUGUCAUAUCUCAAUCUGGGUAAAAACUUUUUAUCAGGGGAAAUAAUUGGUUGUUGGAUGAAGUGGCAAAAUUUGAAUGCGUUAAAUUUGGGAAAGAACCAUUUGUCCAGUUCUAUUCCAAGAUCCAUUGGAUCUUUGAUUUAUCUUCGAUCUUUGCAUUUAUACAACAACAAAUUCUCUGGAAAAUUACCAUCCUCAUUGAAAAAUUGUAAACACUUGGUUACUAUUGAUAUUGGCAAAAACGAGUUUUUUGGGAGCAUACCUUCAUGGAUGGGACAUAGAUUUUCAAGCUUGAUGGUUCUCAGCCUUCACUCAAAUAGAUUCUAUGGUUACAUCCCAGAAAAACUUUGCUAUCUAACUUCACUCCAAAUCUUGGACCUCUCAAAUAAUAAGCUAUUUGGAAGCAUACCUAGAUGUGUUAACAAUUUCAGUGCCAUGGCCACAAAUAACAAUUCAAAUGGUCCCCUUCUUUUAUAUGGCCGGUCAAUUGGAUAUGUUGAUUCUAUGGUUUUAGAAAGUGCAUUGGUUGUGAUUAAGGGGAAAGUUCUUGAGUAUUCCACCACACUUCAACUUGUAAAAAGUAUAGACCUUUCCAAAAACAAUCUAUCAGGCGAGAUCCCUAAAGAAGUGACUAGUCUUCAAGGAUUACAAUCAUUAAAUUUGUCAUUUAAUAUCUUGAGAGGAAGGAUUCCUGACAAUAUAGGUGUUAUGGGAUCAUUGGAAUUUAUAGAUUUCUCUGUAAAUCAACUUUCAGGUCAAAUUCCUCAAAGUAUGUCAAAUUUGACAUUUCUAAGUCAGUUGAACUUGUCAAACAACAAUUUAAGUGGGAAAAUCCCAUUAAGCACUCAACUACAAAGCCUCAGUGCCUCCUGCUUUAUUGGAAACAGACUUUGUGGAGCUCCUCUAAUUGAGAAUUGUUCUAUAAGUGAUGUAAAACCCAUUGUUGAAAACAAAAGGAGCAAGGAUUUUGGUGGACCUGAAGUGGAUUGGUUUUACGUUAGUAUGGCACUUGGAUUUGUGGUUGGGUUUUGGGUUGUAUUGGGCCCUUUACUAUUGAACAAGCAAGUGAGAAUCAUGUACGUUCAAUUCCUAAAUCACCUAGGGUUCAAACUCUGGGGAUUUGUGGCACAAGCUUGGCUGCGUUGUAAGUAA